GGUAAGAUAGGAUACAUCCCCAUCUGGAGUCACUCUGUUGUCGCGACCCGGACCACACGGACCUUCACCAUGGCAGCUCCGGUGCCAGUCCUUCGCGGAGACGUCACUCUCGUGGGCGCCAAUCUGAUGGACGUCUGGAAAAAAGUACGGAGCGACACCGAGACGCCCGACGAGCCUUUGCGGGCGCGUUUCUUAGCAGACGUCCCCCUACAGGACCACAGCGGCGACGAACUGGCGGGACACAUCAAGAAACUGACCGGCGAGGAGCCCGACCUGCUCUACAGCAUGACCGGCCGGGACCCCAAAUCCCAGGCCACAGCUAUCAGGUUGGCCCAUUUCUUGAUUCUGGCAGCCAACGCCUCGGCAGCAACAUCCCAGAAGCUCAGCACCUCCUCGGGAGGGAAGUCCGCGGCGCUUUCGGUGGCCAACCUCCUGGAAGGGAAGGACGACCCGGCCACCAAGAACCCCUCCCCGGCGGCGAGCACGUCGUCGGAGCCCGCCUCGCCGAAACCACCGCCGGCCAAGAAGGCGAAGAAAACCGACAAACAGCCCCCCCCUCCAGAGGACGAGUCCGACAGCGAUGACGAUACACUGGAGGAUGAUGCGAUCCAGAAGGAAAUCAUCAACAUAAAAGAGAUCGGCCUGGAUCCGCUGAUCCAUCGGUACCCGCAGAAACUGCACGGGGCGCUACUGACACUCGUCGGGGUGGCACGCAAGACCAAAGCAAAACCCGCGAUGAUAGCACGCUACCAGUCUAUCGCAGACUUCUGCCUGCAGCAUUCAUCUAAAGAGGGAAUCGGAGAGGAGAUUCGCCGCAUGAUCAUGACGCCGAUGGAGAAGCGCUUUAUGGAAGAAGCCAACAAGGCGGCGGCGGCACUGGAAGGCCACCCACACGGGCGAAACACCCGAGCUCCACCUAACGCCUGGAACCCACCCAUGGGACCGCCCCAGCACCACCAACCGUGGAACCAGAGCAGAGCUCGAGGAGGAUGGAGGGCAUCCCGGCAGCCUCCCACGCGCAGGGCAGGAGCCCACACCCGGUGUUUCAACUGUGGGAAGACGGGCCACUUCCAGGCGGACUGCUUUGCCCCGCCCCGCAAAGACAAGAUCAACCCCUCUUUUGACCCUUUCCGGGCGGUCGUACGCUCGUGGGAGGAUACCACGUGGAUCUUGGUACAUCUAGGGGCAGGCCUCAACUCAAAAGAAGGUUUCUUUUUCUUCCCGGACGAUAAACGCCACAAGUUCGCAGUACUGCGGGAGGAAAUCUUAGACGACCCAGUUAUAACACUUCGCACCCUGCAAAAAUUCGUCGGAAAAUGCGUCUCCAUGGCACUGAUGGUACCAGGAGCCCAGAUCUACACAAGACGGUGUAGCAAGUUGAUGGGAGAAAUGACCAAAAAAGGCCAGCUCAAGGCAAAGCUACCGAAAAGCGUUCGCGCUGAGAUUGAACACUGGCGUUUUGUGGACAAAGACAUGAAACCAGUCACAUGGAGAGAUGAAAGGCACACGUCGAUCACAAUAGCUUCCGACGCGUCAGGAUACAAGUGGGGCGCGGUACUCCACAGCACGGAAAACGGAGGCUCGGACAUUCAACUGGGCGACUACUGGUCAGACCAGGACAUAACCAAAGACAUCAACUGUAAAGAGGCCAAAGCAGUAGCCCUCACCCUUUUGUCCGCGAAGAAGUGGAUAGAAAACUCGAGAGUUCAGCUAAAAGUCGACAACAAAGCGCAACUACAGGUAGAAUUUGGAGGAAAAGAGGGACACUCGGUGGACCUCAUGGCCCUGGACUCUAACGCCCAGCGGGACAGAUCGGGAACCCCUCUGCGCCACUACACGCCAUACCCGACACCGCAGUCAGCGGGAGUUGACAUGUUUAGACACAACCCCACACUUUCCCCUGAGGGAAAGAGGGAGAACGCGUAUGUUUUCCCCCCAAUCAACAUGACAGGGGCAGUCAUUCAGUUUCUGCUCCAAUACAAAGCCACAGUGACUGUGGUUGUACCCAAGCUCUGCCCAAGACCCCUGUGGUGGCCAAUCUUAGCAGGUGCAGCAAAGACAUCCAUCAAGAUAGCAGAGGCGGGAAGUAGGUCGGCCUUGCUAUUUCCGUCAAAGCAGGGCCUCAGACCUGUUUUAAAACCAUCCUCCCCGUGUGCUCUGUUACAGCCGCUGCCCCUCAUCCCACGCCAGUGGACGCCAUCAGUAGCUUGUCCGGAGUGCCACCACCCAAACGACCACAACUUCAGGAGAUGCCAAAUGUGUGGCUAUGUGAGAAAACCUUUUCCCCCGCCACGAAAAAACAUCAAUGUGGACGAGGAAAAAAUACAAGCGCGUCUGGACGAGAUCCACAAGUUAGCCGUGAACACGGAUUACGGCAAAAAGAAAGUCGCACUGGAGAACGAACUAACGGAUUUUUUGGGUAACAUCUCGCCCCCGAAGGACCUCACUACAGCCUCCCCUAAGGACAUAUGCUCUUUCCUGGUAUGGAAAGACAAGGGGGGGAAAACAGUGGUCCACCACAAAAACUGCAAAAACUUUGGGAAAAAACGUCUGGCGGAGUGCGGCUGCCCACAGCGGUUGGCAGCGGGGACAGUGGACUCAGUCAUCGGACAGCUGCGAUCCAUCUUUGACAAAUCAGGGCGGGGAGGCGACUGGAAUGAAGCCAUAUGCACGGGAAACCCGGCGGCGGCACCCAGGGUACGUGAGUACCUCAGGGUAACAAAAGCGGAGCAGGCUAACGCCCUGAUCCAACCCAAGCAAGCACAACCAGUUUUCCACUACAAGUUGGAGGCGGUAUGCAAACAUAUAGCAGCGAAAAUGAGAGAUCCCGGAGUGAAGGAGAGCACCCUUUUCGCCUUGGCCCGGGACCAGGCUUUCUUUAAAACGCUGUUCUUUGCAGCAGAUAGGGCAGCAGACCUGGGAAGGUGUAAGGCGGAGGAGCUGGCGUGGUUACCAGACAACAGAGGUUUCCUCUUCAACCACACAUUCGGCAAAACUUUGCGAGACGGAGCAGCAAACACGUUCCCGGUCCUCGUAAGUGAGAACACAGCGAUUUGCCCAGUACGAGGUCUUCAAGCAUACAUAACAAUGGCCAAGGCGUUGCACAUUAACAUCAGCAAAGGGUACCUCUUCAGAGCGAUAAACAAGACAAAAGAAGUAAUCAACGAGCCUUUCUCGUACGAUGCAGCGCAGUAUCGCUUCAAGUCAUACCUAAGGGAGAUCGACCAGUACGAUGGCGACACGCUCCACGGUUUACGCACGGCCAGUGCAAUCACCAUGGCAAUGGGAGGGGCGGACCAAGCCUCCCUCAUGGCGCACGUGGGAUGGAAAGAUAAAGCGACGGCCCAACGAUACAUGCAGCUCAAGAAAGUGUGCCACGAGGGAUCCCCCGCUGCCAUCCUGCGGGAUCAAGUGGCGAGGAGAUCCAAAGGGGAAGACCAAGAGGGACGGUCAGCAGACGCAGCAAUGUCAUAUCAACGCAACAACAGCAGGGAUUUGAAACCGGUAUUCUAAAUAAAAAGACAGAAAUACACCUGUCCAGGCGCAAAUUGUUGCCCAACUCAAACAUUUAGGGUACUUAGUAGCCAAGGAUUAUAAGGUAACGGAUAUGUCGACGGAAACGGAAGAGUGGGUUAUGAACCGAACUCAGGGGAGGAGUAGAAAAGAGCGAGUUAUGACAUAUGGACUCGAAUCCCAAAAUCAGUUACACUGGUGCUAGGCCAAGGACUGGGCAAACAAGAACUGAACGCUAGGACUGAGAGCACCUACCCUCCCGUAGCGCGUUUAGUACCAGAGUGGGAGUCAAAGUUUGUCAGAACAAGAUCAUGUAGAGAACAGGAGGGGAGAAAAAACCAAAGUGGAACGAUACUGUAUAUAGGAUUGAUAAGCGAGAGGUGAGGAAAACCAAGGGGGGUAAAAUAUCACUGGAUAUAUUUGAGUGAAACAAUUAAAGCAAGGAAUGUUCUGAAAGUUUUGUUGUCUGAAUUACAUUUAUCUAGAUCCUAUUAAAGC